AUGGCGCCCAACACUGUCGCCCCUGCCUCUGCACCUAAGAAUGCUACGGCUGCGGCUGCUGCUGCCGCCGCGCUCAAGAAGUCUAUGGCUGCAAGAGCCUUCGCACAGCAUAAUAAUGAGCAGUCUACCAAAUUGGCUCGACAGAUUCUCAACCAUCCAGCGCCUGGCUUUAAAUCAGUAGGCCAUGCGGUUGUAGUUGUGGUUUAUAUCGGUAUCAAUAUAGUGCUAGUAGCCACCAACAUCGAUAAGUCUACUGUAUUCGGGGCAUCAAAACGACUUGGCUGGGUUUCUCUGGCAAAUAUUGCCUUCCUCACUUUUCUAGGUCUAAAGAACACGCCGCUGGCAUUUUUGACGUCGUAUUCUUAUGAGACUCUCAACCCCCUUCACCAGAUCGCCGGCUACACCACGAUUAUAUGUGCGCUCCUUCACGUCAUAUUCCAAUGCGUCACAUUCGACGGGUUCCAUGAGCUUGAGGAGCUAAUCGCACCGGAACAAAUCUCCGGGAUUAUUGCUGCAGUAUCAAUGUUGACGAUCCUCUUUGUGGCCUUGGUUAUGAAGAGGCUGAGAUACGAAGUUUUCUACGUCACUCAUGUCACAAUGUACAUGCUCAUACUAAUCAACGUUGCACUCCAUCGACCGGACUUUGCGAAGAAAACUGUCAUUAUCCCCAUCGUUGCAGCAGGGAUGUGGAUUUGUGAUCGCAUCCUUCGGGCGACCAGGAUCCUGUGGAACAGCAGAGAUAAUCGAGCAACCAUCACUCCUUUGCCUCGAGGAGGGACAAGAAUUGUGUUACGCCGGUCGCCAUCCCGUGCGGUGCCUGGAACUCAUUGCUUCUUGUGGGUCCCAAAGAUCCGCCUCUUCGAAUCGCAUCCUUUCACCAUUGUCAGCACAAGCCCUACAUCUCUGGAACUGGUGAUUUCUGCUUAUGAUGGUUUUACUCAUGAGCUUCACGAAUAUGCGGUGAAGCACCCAGGCAUCUCACUUCGAGCCUCGAUCGAUGGGCCCUACGGUGCACUGCCAAGCUUUGCCAAAGUCGCUGAUAAAAUAGUUCUUAUUGCUGGUGGAAGUGGUGCGUCCUUUACCUUCGGUGUUGCAUUGGAUACGAUUAAGAGGCUUGAAGAAUCGAGCAAGACCACGAUCGACUUUGUGUGGUCAGUUCGGGAGCAAGAUACACUUACUUGGUUCAGCAAAGAAUUGAACGAACUUCGGGCUUCACCUCGCGUUAAUGUUUCUAUCUAUUCAACCCUCCCUGCACCACCCGCUUCAACAGGCUCUCAAACCCCAACCUCACGGGUCGAGGAUGAAAAGACGCCCGAUUUCCCAAUCUCGGCCAUCACCCCGUCGAGCAACACCCAAGAUAUUCCCGACACCGAUGCCGAGAAAGAAGUAGGAUCAGCUAAGGUGAAAGCCACCCCAUGGGACUCUACAACGUCUCUUGAUAUAACAACAGGCCGACCAGAUGUACCUGCCAUAAUCAACAGUAUUGUUGCAGGAUCGAGCAAGGAGGAGAGAAUUGUUAUCGCAGCUUGUGGGCCGCUUGGCAUGAUGAAGGAUGUGAGACGGAGCGCCACGAAGGCCAUCACCGUCUCGGGUCCGAGCAUCGAUUUACAUUUGGAACAAUUUGGAUGGUGA